AUGGAGGCCGUCUCUCCGGUCAGACCCAGCCUCUCGGGGGCUCUGCUGAUGGUGGUGAAGUUGUCCGCACUGCUGGUCCAGAACCGGGCCCACCUCUACAAUUUCCUGCUCCUCAAGAUCUUCCUCUUCAACCACUGGCUGUCGGAGCUGACUCGGGAGGCGCGGGGGUCCCACCCACCCCCCAAGAUCACCGGCUGCCCCGUGGGCCGGGUUCUCCGGGCCGGGCUGACGCUGCUAGAGGUCCCUGUGUGCCUGGCGCUGCGGGUGCCCAGGCUAGUGUGGGCAGGCCUGCUGGGCUGUGCCCGGGCCUUGGGCCUGGCCCUGAAGUGGCUGGGGGCCUGGGAGCAGCUGGGCCUGUCUGCGGCCACCUGGACAGACCUGUUCCUGUCGUGUCUGCACGGCCUGAUGCUGGCUGCCUUGCUGCUGCUGCUGCUGGUCUGGAGACUGUACCGGAAAGCCCAGUGCUGCAGCCUGGGCCGGCUGCCCAGGAAGGCUUUGCUGGAGAACCGCGUGGUGCGGAGGUCACUGGCGCUGCUGAAGAGUCUGUACUGGUGGGUGGAGAGCACGCUAGCGCUCACCUCCUGGCACCUGGCCUACCUCAUCGCCUGGACCACCUGCCUUGCCUCCCACCUGCUGCAGGCCGCCUUUGAGCACACAGCCCAGCUGGCCCAGGCCCAGGAGGCUGAGCCCCAGAAGGCCUUGGGGCUCUCAUCUGAGCCCCCACCCCCUGGGCCCCCAGCCCCCGAGGCCAGGCCAAUCCUGACAGAGCCUGGAACUCCUGGAGAAUAA